AUGACUCUGAAUCGUCGAGAUGAAAAGCCAAAUGGUGUAGAUACAUUUGAAAGCUUAUCAGAGGUUUUUCGUUGCUUUAUAUGUAUGGAGAGGCUUAACAAUGCACGUUUGUGCCCACAUUGUUCAAAACUUUGUUGUUAUAAAUGCAUAAGAAAAUGGAUCACGGAAACACGGUCUCAAUGUCCUCACUGUCGCGCAUCACUACAUAUUUAUGAACUGAUUAACUGCCGUUGGGCUGAUGAAGUUACCCAGCAGUUGGAUAAUCUACAGUCUCAAGCAACUUCAUCUAAGUCUCUUGGUCAGGGUGAUCAGUCAGGAUCCGGCGCCAAUGGUGCAGCCUCUAAUGUUGAUAUCUGUGAAUUGCACAAUGAACGUUUAUCUGUAUUUUGCUCAACGUGUGAUUUUUCAAUCUGUCAUCAAUGUGCACUGUUUGAUAAUAAGCAUGAACAACAUUCAUUUCGUCCAUUGGAUGAAGUCUAUAAUGAGCAUGUUAAACAAAUAAAAGGUGAAAUGGAUCAAUUAAAACAUCGACACUUAGAAUUAAUAUCAUUAUUUCAAGAUGUUGAGAAAAAUGUACAAGCUGUUAAACAAGCUAAAGAAGAACGUGUUCGAGAAUUACGUAAUGCUGUGGAAUUAAUGGUGGCUCGUUUGGAUUCCCAGUUAAAAGCAAAAUUAGUAACACUGAUGAUUCAGCGUAGUCGAUUAUUUCAGGAAAUAGAACUAUUAGAAACUCUUUUACAAGACGUUCAAUCUGAAUUAGAUGUUGCCACUCGAUCUGAAAUGAUAACACGAUCACCUGACAUUUUGGCAAUGUUCACUGAAGUACAUUGUAAACCAAUGGCUUCAUUUGUAAGUGCUCCAGUACCGGCUGAUUUUGUCAGCGAAAUUGUACCUCCAUAUGAAUCGAGCACAUUUAUCCUACAACCAUAUUCAAUAAUGAAACAACGAGCUGAUCCGGUGUAUAGUCAGCCGUUGCAUGUUAGCGGAUUGAGCUGGCGCCUCAAAGUCUAUCCAGACGGUAAUGGUGUUGUACGUGGUAAUUAUCUUUCCGUAUUUUUGGAAUUAUCUGCCGGUUUACUAGAAGCAUCCAAAUAUGAAUAUCGUGUUGAAAUGGUUCAUCAGUUGUCCCGUGAUCCUAGUCGUAAUAUUGUGCGUGAAUUCGCUUCACACUUUGAAGUCGGUGAAUGUUGGGGCUAUAAUCGAUUCUUUCGUUUGGAUCUGUUAAUUAGUGAAGGUUAUUUGAAUAGUGAAACAGACUCACUUGUAUUAAAAUUUCAGGUACGCGCGCCUACAUACUUCCAGAAGUGUCGAGAUCAAAACUGGCAUAUUUCACAACUUGAAGCAAAUCAAGGUCAUUGUUAUGCCCAGUUAGCUGAAUUAAAAGAACGCUUGUCGAUUGAAGUUGCUAGGCAAGCGAAUAGUGUUGUGUCGAACACCUCAACCUCGAUUGGUUCUGUUGUUCCUGAUUGUGGUAGUAGUAGUAGUAGUACUGCGUCUUGUGCAUCAAAUUCUACUACUAUGGUCUGUCGUGAAUCUAGCCAAUCAACGAAUUCUUUGACAGUGAAAACGCCAAUGCCAACAACAACACCUAGUUCAUUAAAUAAUCCUACUACAAUUAUGCCUAUUACUGUGCCAUGUUCACAAGCAUCCACUAGUCAUACAACAGAAGCAGUCACUUCUCAGUCAUCUGCUCGUGUCUCUUCAAUUAAAGCGGAGGAUAACAAUGAAUGUAACACAAAAAUGGAAAAUCCUGUGACUACCACUACUACUACUUCUACUUCUGUUCAUCAUAAUGAUGAUAAUAAUAACAGUAAUACAAUUGAGCCUAUGAGUACAAUAUCUCUAUGGCAAAAUGCAGAGAAUAUUCCCGUUUCAGUUAUUACAAGAAUGCCGACAUCGACAAUAUCAUCGGCUAAUCAGACUGAAAAUAUUAUCAAUGAAGGUGUUGAAGAUAAUUUGAAUACUAGACCUGGUGAAUCUGCAAGUGGAUUUAAUUCACAGCCACAAAUUCUACAGUCCAAUUGUCCUACACAAUUAUCUAUUGCUGUCUCUGAACCAAUAUUAAACUUUAUUCUUACUACACAUCAACCAACAAAUUCAUCAGUUCUGUCAAGUCUAGAUGUAAGUCAAUUAACCGCUUCAUAUAACAGUGAAGAUGCAUUAUCGCCAAAUUCAUCAUCAAGAUAUUUAAACACUACGCAUGAUGAACAAUCAGUAGGGAUUAGUUGUAACCGGAAUACUCAACGGCAAGCAGAUGCUGAUAUUGGAUCAGUACGUUUCAGUGAAGCUGUAUCAUAUGGUGAUGAUGAAGAGGACGAAGAAGAAGAAGAAGAAAUAGUCGAGGAGGAUGAGGAGGAUGACGGCGGAGAAGUAGAAGAAGAGGAAAUAGGAGAAGAAGACGACGAUGAUGAUGAUGUCGAUGUUGAUUCAAAUUACGCUGAUGAAGAGGUGAUAGCACAGAAUACAAUCGGAGAUGAUGAUUAUGUUGGUGAUGGUCGUGGCGGUGGUGGUGGUGUGGAAGACAAUAAUCUAACACAUCAAAAUUCACUGCCGAAAUUUCGUUUAUUCUCAGAGUCAAGUGAUGCGGAGAAUAGUUUAAUUGGUGAUUUCAGUGAUGGUGAACAACAACAACACAAUAGACAACGGGAUGAAAUUCACGACUAUGAUAUAAUAUCACAGACAACAUCAGAGAUUCUUUCUGAUCAUGACAGCUUACGAUCAAGUAUUGAUUAUAAUCUGGUAUUAUUACACCAACACUUAAGACAAAGUAAAUUUUCUGAUAAAGCUACCAACCCGGUGAAUACAACAGAUUCUGUUAGGACAUGUGAAAAUAGUAAUAAUAAUAAUUAUAAUUAUAAUAGGCAACUGAUUACCUCAAAUGUACAACAGACAAACUAUGAAAAUAACUUCAAUAAUGUAGACAAUAUCCUUGAUUCCGAGGCUGGUGGCGACCUUAGCUGUGAUUAUGAAUAUCAUUCUACUAGAAAUGCUAUAGAAGAAUUAUUGAAACUGCCUGAUCCUCGACCUAGUUCCUCUACUAGUCGUGUCAAUGAAAUAAUGCUGAACAGGAAUACCACGUCUAGUAACAGUUUUAGUAGUUCUAGUAAUAGUAAUAACAAUAAUAAUAAACAUAAAUCAAGUCAAAUUUCACGUCAUCCACUAUGGUUUAAACUCUCCUCCUCGUCUAAUACCGCUAAUCCUAUGAAUAAUAAGUCUCGCUUACAAAUGAUGAAUCAGGCAUCAACAAGUCGGUCUAAUCAAAAUUCAAGUUUUAUUGAAGAAAGAUUUAAACAGUUGAAAUGUCAGUCAUUAGAACAACAGAAAUCCUUGCCAACUGUUCUACCAAAUGUCGAUGAUAUGCAGUACAGUAGUCGGACAUCUGAUCAAGAGUGUUCAGCCAAAUCAUUUGGUGUUAGUGAAUGUUUAAAUAACAAAUUUAUUAAAGCGUUAUCAGAAUCACAUGAACCAACACAGCCGUCGAAUUAUCAGUCUGGAUUAAAUAGUGACUCACGUUGGGGAAGAAGAAUAACCAGAGGCUCAAAUGCUUGCAGUGACACUACUUUGAUUUGUCCUAAAUUGUGCGCUUCAUCGUCUUCAUCACGGUCGUCAUCACAAGAGGAGACAAUAUCACUACGACGUUUACCUAAAGAUAAAAGUUUUAACCUUCUAUACGGUGCCCGUAUACCUGAAUUGGAACAUAAACACCAACACCAACAGCAACAGCAGCAGCAGAAAAAACAACAGUGUAAUAGCCCAAGACAACUACCUCAUUGUCACAAAGAAGAAGGCGGUGUUAGUUCUGGUUAUCCCUUAACACUGUUAACAACUAAUCCAGUUGCAUCAACAUCAUCGUGUAAUCUUAGAAAAGAAUUGUUGAUGAAUGGGGCUAAUCUUCCAGUGGUUUGUAAUAAGGAUAUCUCUUGGCAUAGACCUUUGCAAAAUACUAAUUCUGGUCCUUCAACUCGUGUAAAUUUAAAUAAGCAUUCUGAUGGGUCAUCAAUUAUGCCAACAACUAAGACGACCAUAGCACCACCGGCAUUGGUACCAGCGUUGAAAUGUUCAAAUCACUUCUCAUCAGUCAAAGAUACAGUGGAACCGUUGGCAACACCAUCAACACAAAACAUGAAAAAUGCAGCGCAAAGUUUAGAAAAUGAUAUUGAUGAGGAGACAAUGACAGGUGAUCGUGACAUAGGUGAACAUGUGUUGAGUAAUCGUCGUUUGUGGGAGGAUACAAAUCUUACUAAUACAACCAACAUGAAUAGUGGUGCUUCUGCUACUAUUAACACUAAUACUAUCACUGAUAACCACUGCAAACCAACCAGUUCUUCGUUAUUGUCUAAUCUUGACAAUAGAACACUUAAUCAAUCUAAACUUUUAUCUGUCUCACCACGUUCACUAUCCACGGUAUCUAGCACAAAAAUGAACGAAUCAAGUGUUAAUAAUAAUAAUAAUAAAUCCAGUUCAUCUACAAUAGGCAAUGCAACACGUAAACACUCAAAACCAUCAGAUGAAAUCAAUCCUCGUACAAUGUGCAAUAGACUCUGUUUCAAAGCGAAACGUAUUCAUGAUGCCUUAGAAUCUGGUAAAUUUGUGAAAUCAAAUCAUGGACCAAUUAUGCAUAAUAGCUGCAAUUCUUCAGACAAUAUGCUUCAAAGUCAAGAGAAACUAUCGAAUUCUCAUUCGAAGCUUGAUGAUUUAGACUCAGUGAAUACAGACGGAGCUACAACAAGCCAUUCAGGCUUAAAUCUUCCACCGCCUCAUUUAGGUGAGAUUAAUACUGAGUCUCAGGAAUCCACUGCUGCACAGUAUCCAUUUGUUGAAUUGGUCCACAAUAAAGAAUCCAAUUUCAUGAUUAGUCCCGAGAAUAUACUGGCUGAAACACAAGACUUUUCAGAACCUGCAGAUAUUAGCCUGGCUAUGCUGUGUCAUAGAAUCAGUCGUCUACAAACUGAAGCUGAGGCUGUUGCUAAAGCGAUUUCAGCUAAUGGUGGUUCUAUAAGAAAUAAACAAUCAAUAAAUAUCCCUGUAUCCAACCAGCACUACACUGAAAAUAAUAGCGUCACAUACGAAGAACAAUCAACCAUCACUGAUCUCAACACUUUAAUCACCAGCAGUGACGACAACAACAACAACAAUGUUAAUCGAAACAACGAAAUAUGCACAAAUGACAGUCGACAGUUAUCACAGAAAUCUCAGGAACAAAAUAGUCAUGCUCUCAGGUCAACUAAUAAACAGGGACAACUGGAUCAACCAAGUAAUAGUCAAGAAAAUGUUUGA